CCCAGCGGCGUCAGCCACUGCCCCAUGGGGCCCGCCAGCGCGCCCGCGGUCCAAGACAUGGAAAACCCGGUGCCCGCUGGCGCUGGCCAUUGUCCGCUGGGGCACGGGGCCGCUGCCGACGACUCCCCGGUGGCAGGUGGCGACGAGCCCCGCAAGAACAGUACGGCCUCGAAGAUUCAGGCCGACAGGGAGGCCAAGAAGGCCAGGUUCGCGGCCGCGGCCAAGGAGGACGAGGUGUGCCGGAAAUGGAAGUUGGGGCGUGGCUACCGCAUGGGCUCGUUUUACGGGGGCGCGCAAGGCGAGACCGUUCAGCUCAUCCUGGACAAUCUCUCGUACGUCUCCGCCAUGAGCCUGCUGGCCUACUGGGCGUCCACUUUGUCGUGGGGACUCGGAGGCGACACCUGGGACGCUGAGAUGCGGUCCCUAUUCGCCCUCGUGGUA